AGUUAGAGAAUUUUAAUUGUGAUCUCCUAUAAGUGAAAAGUACAAAAGGUACACAGCAUUUAGAAGAGUGGUUCUUAAAGUAGGAUCCAGGGACCCUCAGCGGUCAGUAAAGCAUACCCAGGCAGUCACCCCCCGUUAUCAAAAUUAUUAUAUUUAGUAGAGUUCUUAUAGUCAGUAGCCCUUUUGACUGAUCACUUUAACUGAGUAGGUUUAACCUAAACAUCAAAAACAAGUAUUUAGUGUGCCGCCAGUGUCCUGGAGAUGGAAUGUUCAGCAAUAGAAACUUAUGUGCUAAGGCGUUAUUUAAAAUAAUCUUUAAAUAACACAGCAGAAGGGCAAUAAAACGUUGAAUGAGAAGGCUUGUUGCACAAGGUGAACACUAGGUGUCGUCCAUAGACUGCAUGCUGUCGUCACCGCAACACGCUGAAACUGACGGCAUUUUAAACCAAUGACAACACGAAACGUCGCAGUUGCGUCACAAAAGAGGCGGUACCUUAAAGCAGGAAGUGGAUUUUUGAUGCAACUGCUUGAAAGAGUUCAAGAAUUGCUCGGAAUCAUCUCCAGCAGGUAAAUUCGACCAUUUUAAAUUUGGAUCGUUUGUGCCACCAUGUGGCCGAUGGUGUGGAUCGCUAUGCGCACCUAUGGGCCCUACGUGACCUUCCCUGUGGCCUUCGUAGUGGGCGCGGUGGGCUAUCACCUGGAGUGGUUCAUCCGGGGACCUCCCAAAACCCCGCGAGAAGAGAAAGGUGUCGCGGAGCUUCGCGAGGACCGGAAACUCGAGGAGCUGGUGGGCCGAGACAGCACGCAAGUCCUCAGUCUGAAGGACAAACUGGAGUUCACCCCCAGGGCAGUACUGGAAAAGAACCGGCCUGAGAAGAGCUAGCUAGAGCCAUGUCAUUUUUCCCAAAGAGAUAAUUCAUGCUACCUAAUGUGCUGUAUGUAAGGACAUAUCAUUGUGUGCAAUGCAAGUUCAUGAUCUACAAUCCAUCAAAUCACAGGUUUCCAACCCUGGUUUUGCACAUGUGAGUGUUUGUUUUUCCCCUGCUCUAACACACCUCACCCAGUAAUGAGCUACAUCGCUUCCUGAAUUAAAGAUGGUGUGUUGGAGCUGAGAAAACACUAAACUGUCCAGGACAGGGGUUGAGAAUCUGUGCGUGGCAUGGUUAUGACAUUCUGUAAUGUUACCUUACUGGAAAAAGACCUGUGAAUGUAUUAAAGACUUUUGUUCAUCUGUG